UGAAAUCUUCCCCUUAUGACUUCUUUUCAGGAAGGACAUAUUUGGAUUGUUGCGACUGUAGUGAAUCUUCUACUUGAAAAAGAAUGGUCAUAUUUGGGGUGCAAGAGAUGCUCGAAGAAGGUUGACAAAAUUGGAAGUAAAUUUCACUGCAAGAAAUGUGAUCGCCUUGAUAGUUUUGGCACUCAUAGGUACAAGCUUCGAGUGCAAGUAAUGGAUCACACUGGCUUUAUAAAUUUGUUGCUUUGGGAUCGUGAAGCAACAACUCUCAUUGGGAAGUCUGCUAAUCAGUUAAAUGAAAUUUCAAUUGAGGCUUCUGCUGACGUUGAUGAGUGUUCUUAUCCAGUGGAGUUGUAUGAUAUUCUUGACAAAAAAGUGCUGUUUAAAAGUGACUGUCAAGAGCUCAAAACAUUAAAGUGCAUCAAGAAAUUUAUAAUGUUGUUAAAAAUCUAG